AUGGUCAUCCCCAAGAUUCCUACCAAGGAUUCGCCUGAUUCUUUUGAAUUUUGCUGGAAAAUGACCACCAGCGCAAUUCUGGUUCUUGCGGGUGGUGUCUUCGCUGGAUUAUCAAUUGGGCUUAUGGGACUUGACGAACUUCAUCUUCGUGUGUUGGCCACCUCGUCAGAAGAAAAGACGGAACGGACAAAUGCACAAACUGUGUUGAACCUCAUGCAAAGGGGCCGCCACUUGGGUGCUGGUGGUAACGUUAUCAUCAACGAGAGCUUGCCAAUCUUUCUUGACAGCGCGAUUGGAGGAGGUUUACUUGCUAUAGUAAUUUCCGCGACUGCCAUUGUUAUAUUUGGGGUUAUACCUCAAGCAGUUUGCGCGAGACACGGUCUCGCCAUCGGCGCACGAUUUGCGCCAUUUGUUCUCCUUCUAAUGUACCUCCUUGCACCCAUCGCAUAUCCAGUCGCAAAAAUUCUCGACCGUGCCUUAGGAGUUCACGAUACGCACACCUACAAGAAAGCUGAACUGAAAUCCUUUCUCCAAUUCCACCGUACUGGCAAAGAGCCUUUGCGUGAUGACGAGAUUGGCAUUCUCAAUGGCGUCCUGGAGCUCAGCAGUAAGAACGUGGAGAUGAUUAUGACUUCGAUUUGUGAUGUUGUCAUGUUGAGCUCGGAUACAAUUCUAGACCACGCCACUAUUGACGCUAUCCUCACUAGCGGCUAUUCUCGGUUUCCCGUGCACAAGCCAGGGAAUCCGCUCGCAUUUGAGGGUCUUCUUUUGAUCAAGAAGUUGCUGAUGUACGACCCCGCACGAGCACUCCCAGUCUCACACUUUCCUUUGUCCAUCUUACCUGAGGCCCUACCAUCAAUCAACUGUUUCCAAGCACUCGACUAUUUCCAGACAGGGCGCGCGCAUUUAUUAUUGAUCAGUCGGACACCUGGUUCACAGGGCGGCGCAAUUGGUCUGAUUACUCUAGAAGGUAACUUAGACCAAUCAUGUGCACUUGAAAUUAUUUCAGAGGAAAUUGUCGAUGAAACUGAUCAGUACGAGGACAACCACAGCAAACGGCAUGCUGAGCGUAUGAUCAAUGAUACUGUCAUGAGAGACAUUGUUGAACGGGAGAGAACUAUAUUCACGCGUGGCUUCUGUGAAUAUUGA